CUGAUGCAUGAGGGGCGUACGUGUCUUCCAUAGCGCUUGGCGUUGGCGGAGAGAGAGUUCCCCUAUAAAACGCCCGACUUCUGUGUUCAGCCGCUUCAUAUCUAUCGUUUCUCACACCGCUUUCGCGACUCUGCAACGAUACCUGCUCUCUCACUUCGUCUUCGGACGGCUCGAGUGGUCUCGUCUUUCGUUACCUUCAAACAAUCAGGGUUUGGAGUUUGAUCGAGGCCAUGCAGUUACUGUUGUUCGAUUUAUGAAUCACUUCCGUCGAAUUGAAUUGAAUUGAGUUUUCCCGUCUUCCGGCGGCGUCGAGAAUCAGAUUGGAACUAAUUAAUAUUGAAGAUUUCAAGUGUUCUUGGUUGGUUGUAAAAGCAUUGGACUUUCAAUUGAGGAUCAAAAGUUGUUCUAUGCAGGGAAGAUAUUGGUUUUCUCUUGUUACUUAAGUCUUUGCUUUAACAACUACUGGAUUUUCACCUAUGGCGGUGCCUCUUUUUUCUUCCCUCAUGCCACCACUCUUUUCCUCUUCAAAAGAACCAUGGAAAUAGAUGUUCCAUCACUUGCAAUAAAGUAACAGAGAUCUUAAUCUUCUGAUAGCAAUUCUCCUUUAAUUUAAAAUUUUAAUAUCUACAAUGUUUUCAUUAAUCAAUUGUAUUAUUCAUUCUUGUUAAAAGGGGUGUAUUCGCAAAGUAUGAAAGCCAGUAAUUAUGAGAAGUUAGUCUAGUGUAUUGUCAUCGAGCCAAGUAAAACCAUACAAGCACUCCUAAAUCAUUCCUGGCAAAGAUAUACAAGAGGCAAAAGUAGGGACUUCACCAAAUGCAGUAGGCUAAGUGUGGCUUUUUGUCCAAUUUGUAUUUGUAUUAUACAAAGAGAGGAAACAAUGUUUUUCAUAUGCUUCAUCAUUUGUCCUCCUCAAUAUGGCUGUCACAGAACGAAAAGUAGGCCGAAUUUUGGCUCAAUUUUGCUGCAGAUUUUGGUUGCUAUUAAUUGUUUUCUGUUACUGAGCAACCCCUUCUAAUUCACACUGAAUUAGAAGAGUUGCUAUUGUCACAGCAUAACUGUGACAUUGGCUUCCACAUCUGCAAAGAUCAGACGAUCAGAAAAAAGAAUAAUUUUGUAGAAUACAAAUUGAAAAAGUCAACUGAAAGCUACACUUAGCCUACUGCAUUUAGUGAAAUUCCUACUUCUGCCUCUUGUAUAUCUUUGCCAGGAACGAUUUAGGAGUGCUUGUAUGGUUUUACUUGGUUCUAUGUCAAUAGAUUGGACUAACUCCUCAUAAUUACCAGCUCUCAUACUCUGUGAAUACACCCCUUAUAACAAUAAUGAAUAAUAGAAUUGAUUAAUGAAAACAUUGUAGAUAUUAAAAAUUUAAAGGAGAACUGAUACCUGAAGAUUAAUAUCUUUGUAGAGUUUUUUUACUUUCAUUGCAAGUGAUGGAUCAUCUUUUUCCAUAGUUCUUUUGAAGAGGAAGAAGGUGUUGGCGGGAGGGAAGAUAAAAGAGUCACCACUGCAGGUGAGAAAAGCCAGUGGUUGUUAAAGCAUAAACCAAGUAAACAAGAGAAAACCAUAUCUUAAAGAAAAGGAUAAAUACAUAGUCAUAGAGGGCUAGAAGCAAAGAGGUUCAGAGUUGACUGGUGAGUUCUUUUCAAAGUUUCUUGGUUUCUUGUCCAUUAUUAUUAUAUUAUUUAAUUCAUACUCGCGAUCGUUGGGGACAUAAGACUAAGCCAGUGUGGCAAUUCCAGUGUUUCCUUUUCAUUUUUCUUUUUAUCAUAAUCUUAACUCCUUUUUGGUUAAAACUUUGUUAGGGGCACCAUUUAAGGAAUUUCCCAGCUACCUUGAUGAAACACAACACUUCUUCUGGAUGCAAACCAUAUCAAAGACUAUAGCAUGGUUCUGGCCUCAAAAAAAAUUUAACCAACUAUGCCUAUAUCAUGGAAGCAUUACUUUCUGAGAGAUAAAACGUCGUCGUAUAGACCACUUGCCUAAUGCCUAAAACCUGCUGCUUAAACCAAUCUAAACCCUGCUGGAUUGGUUCGAGCUCAGGAGUCAGGACCAGAGAAAGGUAGAAAAUGGCAUGGCGCUGUGGGUCUGUUCCGAGGUCGUUAAUCUCCUUUGCCACGGCAUCGGUGCGUCGCUCCGCCCUGCCCCUCCGCGUUCCACCGCCGCCACCACCACUUCACGGUCUCCGGUCUCGCCUCGUCCUCUCCUCCAUCCCCAGGACUACCAGCGAGCUAGGAUGCAUUCAAUCGCUACUGCCGCUGCACAGCGUGGUGGCUGCCGCUCGUCUCACCUCCCACAUUGCCGUCCAGGCGAGCACUUGUUGCGAGUUGUCUCAAGGUAUUGUUAUUUCAACUCUUUCAUCCUCCUCAAGUACUGAACCUUUUUCCGGGGUUAAUGAAUGGUUGUGCUUUAAUUCAAAGGCCUUUCUUCGAGAGUACACCCGAAAAGGUGGCUGA